AGUUUUCACAAUCACUAAUUAUUGUCUCAUUUUACUCUUAUAAUAAAUACACACUUAUGCUUUCACUGCCGAAUAGAAUUUCUGCAUAGAAAGCAAAAGCAGAUCUGCCCUUUGGAUUACGUAGAGCGUACUUACAGAAGACUCCUUAUUCUAGCAGUUUUUCUUGUAUUGGUGAUGUUGCUUCCCUGGCGUGAUGGUAACCUGUGCCAUCACCUGGUCGCUGAUCACAUACGUGUUUUGUAGGCAUCCAACUACUUGAGCUUAAAAAUGGCCAAGCUGAACUUGGGUACACCCCUGUUGUUUAUCAUCUGUGAGCCUCAGUUUCCUCAUCUAUAAAAUGGCCAUUUUCCUCUCUUGCUUUUCACUCUGAGGGGCUACUUGGCCUCUCUGACUCAGUGGUUCCAUGACUUCUGGAAUACUUUGGCGCACUGAUAGCCAAAGUUCUGUAUUUUCUAGUCUUGCCUUACUGCACUGUCUUCCAGAUCUUGAAAAAAUAAUUUUUAAUAUCCUACCAUGAUAUUAGUUAUAUAUGCAUCAAUAUCUAACAUACCAACAUUCACAGGAGAAGUAAAAACAAAGUUAAAUCAAGUUGAUACUCGACUGACGUUUAAACAUUUAUUGAUAGGAUCAAGCUACUUGGUUGUUGAUUCCUAACAUGUACUUCAUAGAUCUGUUCGGAUUAAAUGACAACAUGCCUGUAAAGUUCUUAGAAACGUCGCGCGUCCCUUUAUUUGGAGAGCUAGGAAAGAAAAUUCACUGGAAAUAAGCUGAUCACUCAACUUAGUGUGAAUAUGACAUCUCUUUGCACCAUCCAGUUUCUGACAUUUGUUCCUGGUCAACCUCACCCCACAGCGGUAACGCUAUCCCUUGAAAUGGCAGGGCAUAGAGCCCCAUUUUCCUCUCAGAUUUUUUUGGGAGUGAAUGGUGGUUGGGUGACGCAAGGGUAGUUGCCUGACAGUUAUCCCACAAGCAAGAUCAUCCCUGUGCUUUCUUUUUUUUGAAUGUCUAAUACUAAGAAACGCUCUUCUUUUUUGUUCAUUAGAAUUAUACCAACCCUGUAGUAUACCAUAUGGUCACAGUUUAUUGAGCACGUUGGGAAGGCCAAAUGCUAUGCUAACACCUUACUUUCGCGUUCAGUUGAUUGCACAACAAACCUACCGUUCCCAUUUUACAGAUGAGGAAAUGGACCUGCAGAGAAACUUAGGUAACUGACCCAAGAUCAUACAGGGGUUCAUGUCGGAGUAAGGAAUCAAACCAGUGUCUCUGACUUCCCAGCUCUUGUUCUCACCACUGCCUCAUAAAACUUUUCUGUUUUUAAUUAUUUAACGACAUAGAAUUUAUAACAAAUUGCUGACACACAGUAGUUGCUCAAAUUGUGUGCCCUCUUUCCUUUGCACUAUUCCCAUGCUAGUUGUUAAGGGCAGAGUGGGAGUACUAUGUCAGAAAAAAACAAAAGGAGGAGGAAGGAAAGAAGUGAAAAAAACUAACAGUGUCUGUGCUACAGUUUCUAGUGAAUCUGCAUGUGCAUGAAAGCUCAACCCGUCUGGCAGCAAGUUCCCUACAAACACCUAAGAUAGGAAUCCUAUGGAUUUGGAGGUGGGUCAGCGACCCUCGCCCCUGCCCCUUCCCCACCUUUUUUGGCCUCUAGCGUCUCCCUUUCCGUUUCAGUGGAGCUGUGGUUGGUUUUAUAGGACUCCUUGAGGUUUGGCACUGCUAUGGUGAUGUGGUUUCGUGAAGAUGUUGCAGUAACCCUCAAAUAAGGAACUGGGUGCUGCACUUCCUGUGGGAGGAGGACUCAGCAGACACGCCCUCCGGGAGGGCUGACCAGGCUGUUUCCUCUGCUCUUAAAGCUGUAGUGUGAAGCCAGGACUCAGGAUGGGCUUGCGGUAUUCGUGGUGCUUGGGCCACCGUAAGGAGAAUGCUGGAGAACCAGACUCCUGGAGUAGCUUAUCCUAUGAAAUACCUUACGGAGACUGCUCUGUGAGGCAUCACCGAGAGCUGGACAUCUAUACCUUGACCUCUGAGUCCGAAUCACAUCAUGAGCCCCCAGUUCCUGCGGACAGUUGCACUGGACAUAUUUUUAAACUUAUGAACAUCCAACAGCAGCUAAUGAAAACAAACCUCAAGCAGAUGGACAAUCUUGUGCCCUUAAUGGUGACAACACAGGAUCCGUCAAGUCUGCCCAGUGCCCAAGAUACGGAUGGCCAAUUUCUUCCCUGUGCAUCAGAGCCCACGGACAACCAGCGGCUUUCUUCUCCUGAAGAUACUGAGAGCUCUUCAUGCUGCCAGGCGAGCACUGUUGGGCAGGUUGAAAGUUCCUGUGAUUUGUCAAGUGUGGUUGAGGAAGAAAAUACAGACUGUUCCUGUAGGAAGGAAAAUAAAGGCGUGCAGAGAAGAGGGGACGAGGCGGAGCCAACACCUGCUGUGGACUCUGGGACUGUGUCUGAUCCUGACAGCUGCCUUCAGGGCAUGCCCGAGUGUGGAGGAAAGGGCACAGAAGGCCUCCCAUCCUGUGGAAUCAGAAAUGAAGAAACUGGAACAAAAUCUGCAGUGGCCGCAGCCCAGGAGUCUCCGAGCAGUGGAGACAGAGUGUUACAGGGAGACGUGGUGCACCCAGGCACGGCCCAGUGUUUCUCUGCAGGGGAACCAGCAGUCAGUUCCACAGCAGAUGCCAGUGUCCCAGAGACUGCAGGGGAAAGGGAACGUGGUCUCAUGAACCCAGAUGCGACCGUCCAGAAGAAUGUGCUUGAAGGAGGGGAAAGUACAAAGGAAAGACUAGAGAACUCUCCUAUCAGCACAGCUGGAGCCUCUGAUGUAAGAGUCACGAGCAAGCCUGUGGAUAAAGCCAGUGUUGCAAACUGUGUCUCUGCCACUGGUUCCCUGGAUGGAAACAAACCAGCUGAGUCUCUCUUUGCAUUUAGUAACGGAGAAACCUCCACUGAAAAAACUGCAGAAACUGAAGCUUCAAGAAGUUGUGAAGAGAGUGCUGAUGAUCCAGUAGGUCAGAACUUGCCAGUAAUUCCAGCUGCUGCAAAAGACAAGAUUUCCGAUGGGUUCCAACCCGACACUCCCUUAGCAAGCCUGUGUGAAGCAGUAUCACCCUCUCAUUUAACCGUUUGCAGGCCACAGAAGGAUGUUAUGCCAAACCAGAAAUCAGAAACUCAUUCAUCUCAUGUUCAAAGCCAAAACAGCCAAUCACCCAUCUGUGCUACAACUGGAGAUGAUAAACUUUGUGUUGCCUCUUCAUGUCCACAGGACACAGUGACUUCUACUGGUGUCUUGGCUGCAAAACGUGGUGAUGGUGUAGUUACCCAGCCUGAAAGCACCACCACGGGGCUGCCCAACACACAUCUGCCCCCUGCCAUCUGCUCUGAAGGUCCACAGGCUAACACAGCCACCCCUGACCCUGUGAGAGACACCCAGAAACCUGUGGAUUUUUGUCCUCUCGAAGUUUCGGAUAAAGAAGACCAAGGAAAAGAUCUGAAACUAGAAACAUCUUUAACAAAUAUGCUUGAGGUGGCUCUGCAUCCACAUGCAGUUGUCCCCAAAGCUGAGAAAGAACUGGUGCCAGACCAGGCUGUGACAUCAGACAGGACUUUCUCUCUGGCAGGCAGUCCAGGCAGUGAAUCAGUAACCAAAGAUGACGCACUUUCUCUUGGCCCCUCCCAGAAAGAAAAGGGAACAGCAACCCCUGAACUACAUACGGCUACAGAUGGUAGAGAUGGCUCAGACGGAGAUUCGAAUGAUCCCGAUAAGCAGUCGCUAGAAGACAGUGCGGCAGGCCUGUCCCCAUCCUGCACUGCUCCAGAUCUUCAGCCCACCAUGGGGAAUACCAGUCCCAUAGGACUUGGUGGGGAGCACGAGGGUCCCUGCCUCUCAGCGGCCCCUGAAGUUCUGAAUAUCGAGGAGGGCACAGACUCUUCCCUGCUACACGUGAGUAAGGCCACUUCAGCCUCUGAUUCCAUUUUGACUGAAGAAGGAAAAAGUCUGGUGGUUCUAGAAGGCUCUGCAGCUCAGGGACAAGGUGACAAGGAUAAAGCAGUGGCUUGUUCCUCCAUUAAGGAAGACGCUCUUUCUUCAGAUACAUUGCAAGAAGAGCACAGAACCCCUCCUCCUGGACAGGAGGCACCAGGAUCCCGUGGAGAACCCAGCUCAGCUGCGUGUGCUGAGGACAGAGCCCUUCAGCAGGGUAAUUCACUGGGCACACCCUCGGCCUGUCUUCAUGCAGAAGCUAAACAUAACAAGGAAGUGGCCCCACCAGUCUCACUGCUGACUGAGGGUGGAGCUGCACAGAGCCUGGUGCCACCAGGAGCAAGUCUGGCUGACACAAACCAGGAAGCCUUGGGUGCAGAGCAGAGCAGCUCACCUCUGUUGCCAGGUCUGUUGCCAGAUGGCUCUCAGGCUCUUAAUUGCAGUCGAUCUGUUGGAGUGAAAAACACUCAAUCCCAAGGAAAAAACACUGCUUGUGAGGUGAGUAGAAAUGUGGCACUGGAUGUUGCAGUGGUUAACGCUCCACAAGAUACCCCUGGGGCCAGAAGAAAGGAUGUGUCACACAACACCCAAGACAUCCCGAUUCCAAAAGUCUCGUUGAGCCAAGAGAAGAAUAUGAUUCUGGGUUUGCCAGGAGCUGUAUCAGACAAAGGUGUGACUGACCUGCCUGGCGCUGCCACCCCAGAGAUGGUACCUCUUGGUUGGGAGAAAGGGAAGCAGGAGGGAGCAGACAGCAGCUGUGGCGUGGGCGACUCCAAGGAGGCACGAAUGGAUGGUGAGGUGCGUCAUGUGCUGCUGCAGCCUAUUGCCAAAGAGCUCCCCAAAGAGACAGGGCUCUCCAGCAGUGAUGACAAGGCCCCCAGCCAGGAAAGGGGUGCUUCCCCUCUACCUUGCACUGUCGCUGCCGAAGCUACGCACCUGCCUCAGAGAGCAAACUCGAUCGAGGAGGCCGCGAGUCGCAUAGUGGAUGCCGUCAUAGAACAAGUCAGGGCCUCAGGAGCACUGGUCACAGAGGGGGAAAUAAGUCACAUGUCACUGUCCAGUCCUUCAGAGACGGGCCCAGAGACUGAACAGCUGGAGAGUGCUUCUCCAGGGAAAGUGAGCGCUCUCCUGCCUGGGGAGACUCCACAAAUGGGCAGUAUUCGUGGAGAAGCCCCUGGGAACCGUGCAGGAUGUUUUGCUGGAAGUGAGGAGCCAGAGGAGAUGAUUCUGCCUGUCCGAGGACCUAAGCCGGCAACAGAAAUGCCAGACACGAAAGCUGAAGAUGAAGUGGAUUUUCUGAGUAAUACCAGGGAGAGUUCAGUUUCUGAAGAGGUGGCCACAGGAAACAUCACUGCGGCACCCAAGAUGAAACAAGGCCCGAAGACCCAGGCGAUAAACCGAGAAAGCUGGUGUGCCAUAGAGCCGUGCCCUGAUGCAGCGUCUCUCUUGGCUCCUGCACGGAGCCCGGAAUGUGAGAACUUCCUGGAUGUUGGGCUGGGCAGAGAUUGUGCCUCAAAACAAGAUGUCCUUAAAAGACAAUCCGGGAGUGAUUCUGACCUCUUCCACUCACCCAGUGAAGAAGUGGACAGCAUCAUCUUCUCGAAGCCCGAGGAGGAACAGUUGGGCUGUGAUAUCACUGGAUCCAGCUCUUCCACUGAUGACACAGCUUCCUUGGAUCGACACUCUUCCCAUGGCAGUGACGUAUCCCUGCCCCAGAUCUCACACUUGAGCAGGUCCAGAGAUCAGCAGUGCCUUGAUGGCUCCCACGGCCAUGGGGUGGGAGCUGAGGGUCGAGAGAGUGAGAGCGAACCUGCUGGCUCCGGUGAAAUGGAAGAGGAGGAGAUGGACAGCAUCACCGAAGUGCCUGCCAACUGCUCUGUCCUGAGGAGCUCCAUGCGCUCUCUGUCCCCUUUCCGGAGGCACAGCUGGGGUCCUGGGAAGAAUGCAGCCAGCGAUGCAGAAAUGAACCACCGGAGUUCAAUGCGAGUUCUUGGGGAUGUUGUCAGGAGACCUCCCAUUCAUAGGAGAAGUAUGAGCUGGUGUCCCUCUGGUGUGCAAUACUCUGCUGCCCUGAGUCCUGACUUUAAUUACAGAAGUUUCAGUCUAGAAGGCUUGACAGGAGGAGCUGGUGUCGGAAACAAGCCAGCCUCGUCUCUAGAAGUAAGCUCUGCAGACACCAGAGAGCUCAGACACCCCUUCAGUGGUGAGGAGCGGGGUGACUCUUUGAUGUCACUUUCAGAAGAGGAUCUGGAGUCAGGCCAGAGAGAACAUAGGAUGUUUGAUCAGCAGGCAUGUCACAGAUCUAAAAAACAGGGAUUUAAUUACUGUACGUCAGCCAUUUCUUCUCCGUUGACAAAAUCUGUCUCAUUAAUGACAAUCAGCCAUCCUGGAUUGGACACCCAGCAGCAGAUGCAGCCGGCAAGACGCAUCUCCUUCUCCGUCAGCAUCUCUCCGCUCCUCCUUAAGUCUAAAACUCUCUUUUCUCUUGGCUCUUCCUAUUCCAGUGAUGAGGAUGAGGAGUUGCGUAACUCGCGGCCAUUCCACAGCACCAGUGCCAACCUGACUGAGAGUAUAACAGAAGAGAACUAUGACUUCCUGCCACCAAGCCCCUCCAAGAAGGAUUUUGAAAGGAUAAAGGGAACAAAAGUCAGCCGUACGUUCAGCUACAUCAAGAAUAAAAUGUCCAGCAGUAAGAAGAGCAAAGAAAAGGAAAAAGAGAAGGAUAAAAUUAAGGAGAAGGAGAAAGAUUCUAAAGAGAAGGAGAAAGACAAGAAGGCUCUCAAUGGGCACACUUUCAGUUCCAUUCCUGUUGUGGGUCCCAUCAGCUGCAGCCAGUGUCUGAAGCCUUUCACCAACAAAGACGCCUACACUUGUGCGAGUAAGAGACACGCUUCUCUCUCUUGCGGUGUUUUCAUCCACAAGGGCUGUAGAGAAAGUCUGGCCUCCUGUGCAAAAGUCAGAAUGAAGCAGCCCAAAGGGAGCCUUCAGGCACAUGACACAUCGUCACUGCCCACAGUCAUUAUGAGAAACAAGUCCUCGCAGCCCAAGGAGCGCCCUCGAUCCGCAGUCCUCCUGGCUGAUGAAACCACCGCAGCCCCCAUGUUUACUAACAGACGGUCCCAGCAGAGUGUCUCGCUCUCCAAAAGUGUCUCCAUACAGAACAUUGCUGGAGUUGGCCAUGAUGAGAACAUAUCAAACACCUGGAAAUUCUUGUCUCAUUCAACAGACUCACUAAAUAAAAUCAGCAAGGUCAAUGAGUCAACAGAAUCACUUACUGAUGAGGGAGUAGGUACAGACAUGAAUGAAGGCCAGUUAAUGGGAGACUUUGAGAUUGAAUCCAAACAGCUGGAAGCAGAGUCCUGGAGCCGAAUAGUGGACAGCAAGUUCCUGAAACAGCAGAAGAAGGAUGUGGUCAAACGGCAAGAAGUGAUUUAUGAGUUGAUGCAGACAGAGUUACAUCACGUCCGCACGCUCAAGAUCAUGAGCGAUGUGUACAGCCGGGGGAUGAUGACGGACCUGCUCUUUGAGCAGCAGAUGGUGGAAAAGCUGUUCCCCUGUUUGGAUGAGCUGAUCAGCAUCCAUAGCCAGUUCUUUCAGAGGAUCCUGGAGCGGAAGAAGGAGUCGCUGGUGGAUAAAAGCGAAAAGAACUUUCUCAUCAAGCGGAUGGGGGAUGUGCUUGUAAAUCAGUUUUCGGGUGAGAACGCAGAACGCUUAAAGAAAACGUACGGCAAGUUCUGUGGGCAUCACAACCAGUCUGUAAACUACUUCAAGGACCUCUAUACCAAGGAUAAGCGUUUCCAGGCCUUUGUAAAGAAGAAGAUGAGCAGUUCAGUUGUAAGAAGGCUUGGAAUCCCAGAGUGCAUAUUGCUUGUAACCCAGCGGAUCACCAAAUACCCAGUUUUAUUCCAAAGAAUAUUGCAGUGUACCAAAGACAAUGAAGUGGAGCAGGAAGAUCUAGCUCAGUCCUUGAGCCUGGUGAAGGAUGUGAUUGGAGCUGUAGACAGCAAAGUGGCAAGUUAUGAGAAGAAAGUACGUCUCAAUGAGAUUUAUACGAAGACGGACAGCAAGUCGAUCAUGAGGAUGAAGAGCGGUCAGAUGUUUGCCAAGGAGGAUUUGAAGCGGAAGAAGCUCGUGCGGGAUGGGGGUGUGUUUCUGAAGAGCGCCACAGGAAGGUUGAAAGAGGUGCAGGCAGUGCUGCUUACUGACAUUUUAGUUUUCCUUCAAGAAAAAGACCAGAAAUACAUCUUUGCGUCAUUGGACCAGAAGUCAACAGUGAUCUCUUUAAAGAAGCUAAUUGUCAGAGAAGUAGCACAUGAGGAGAAAGGUUUGUUCCUGAUCAGUAUGGGGAUGAAAGAUCCAGAGAUGGUGGAAGUCCAUGCCAGCUCCAAAGAGGAGCGGAACAGCUGGAUUCACAUCAUCCAGGACACAAUCAACACCCUCAACAGAGAUGAAGAUGAAGGAAUUCCCAGUGAGAACGAGGAAGAAAAGAAAUUGUUGGACACCAAAGCCCGGGAGUUAAAAGAGCAACUUCAGCAGAGGGACCAGCAGAUCCUGCUCCUGCUGGAGGAGAAGGAGAUGAUUUUCCGGGACAUGACUGAGUGCAGCACUCCCUUGCCAGACGAUUGCUCCCCAACUCACAGCUCUAGAACCCUCUUCCGCUCCAACACAGAAGAGGCUCUCAAAGGAGGCCCCUUAAUGAAAAGCGCCAUAAAUGAGGUGGAGAUCCUUCAGGGCUUGGUGAGUGGCAGCCUGGGAGGCGCACUUGGGCAGGCUGUCAGCAGCCCCGUUGAGCAAGAAGGCACCGUCGGCCCUGUUUCCCUGCCCCGGAGAGCAGAGACCUUUGGAGGAUUUGACAGCCAUCAGAUGAACGCUUCAAAAGGAGGUGAGAAGGAAGAGGGAGACGAUGGCCAAGACCUCAGGAGGACAGAGUCGGAUAGUGGUCUGAAAAAGGGUGGAAAUGCCAACCUGGUAUUUAUGCUUAAAAGAAACAAUGAGCAGGUCGUCCAGAGCGUCGUCCAUCUCCACGAGCUCCUCAGCUCCUUGCAGGGUGUGGUGUUGCAGCAGGACAGCUACAUCGAGGACCAGAAGCUGAUGCUGAGCGAGAGGGCGCUGGCGCGCAGCCUGUCGCGGCCCAGCUCGCUGGUGGAACAGGAGAAGCAGCGCAGCCUGGAGAAGCAGCGCCAGGACCUGGCCAACCUGCAGCGGCAGCAGGCGCAGCACGCGGAGGAGCGGCGGCGGCGCGAGCGCGAGUGGGAGGCCCGCGAGCGGGCGCUGCAGGAGCGCGAGGCGCGGCUGGCGCAGCGCGAGGAGGCGCUGCAGCGGGGCCAGCGCGACCUGGAGCGCGAGCGCACCGAGCUGCAGCAGCGCAAGGGCGCCUACCAGGGAGACCUGGAGCGCCUGCGCGCUGCCCAGAGGCAGCUCGAGAGGGAGCAGGAGCAGCUGAGGCGCGACGCCGAGCGCCCGCGGCCGCCGGAGCGGGACGUUGGCCAGGUUUCGCAUCAACACUCGAAGCUGCUGAGGAUCCCAUCCUUCUUGCCCAACCCUGAGGAGUGCCCCUUGCCGUCUGCGCCUUCCAUAGCCAAAUCAGGGUCAUUGGACUCAGAACUCUCAGUGUCCCCAAAAAGGAACAGCAUCUCUCGGACACCCAAAGAUAAGGGGCCUUUUCAUAUACUGAGUUCCACCAGCCAAACAAGCAAAGUACCAGAGGGUCCGAGCCAGACGCCAGCGGCCAGCUCCAGCUGCAGCUCCACCCGCCUGUUUGGGUUGGCGAAGCCAAAGGACAAGAAGGACAAGAAGAAGAAGAGCAAAGGGGGCCGCUCACAGCCCGGCGAUGGCCCUGCGUCGGAAGGACCUGUGGAGGGGGAAGAGAUCUUCUGCUGACCUCCCCGUGCUGAGGCAGCGCCACCUGUCCCAGCCCGCGGUUCCUGGCCCGCCCCCCUGCUGCUCCUGUGUGCGUGCUCUUCCAUCGGACGCCCCCGCUCUCCAGCGUCCGGUCCUCCUGCGCUGCCCCAGGUCCUUGACCCGAGGAACAGACGGUCUUGAGUGUCAGGGUGGGGAAGAGGCCCAGGAUUGGUGGCUGCCGGCGACUCGCGUGCUGGGGCCGACCCUACUGAGGAUGUUACACUGAAAGUAGUGGCCCAAGAAGUCCAGGAGAUGGUUUUUGACAUGUCAGGAAUUCCUAAAGGCCAAAAGAGUGUUUCCCAAUGAGAUCUGACACUCUGCCUGCCUUUGAUUUGGGGGACACAACCAAAACUCAAUCAGCAGGUCGUUCAGCCUUGAUCUGUGUACAUAGACAGUAGCCCAUCUGCAUGGACACGUGGGGUACGCCGGAACGAUGUACAGUCUGUCCGGCGCUGCGCAGGGAGCGUGCGGGCACUUGGGGUCGCACCCACGUCCUCCAGAGCUGUCCCCCUGUAAACCCACCGUGCACGCCUCGCCCCUCCUGCAUGUGUUUCUCAUUCUAUUUUAGAAGGGAUGACAAACAUUUGUGAAAACCAGUUGAGAGAAGGCUUGAUGUGCUGAAAACGUGUGUUACCUGUACCUCCUUAAUUUUGGCAUUUCAGUCACUAAAAAAAAAGCAUCUAAGUUCAUCAUCAAAUCCAGAAGAAAUCAUAUGCUGGCUUUCCAAGAUGUUUGCCCAUGUAUUUCAGGCACAGGUGAAGUAGAGAGGCCGCUUCCCUGUGACCCCUGUGGUGUGACACUUUCUGGUUGUCACUGACCAGAAGGGGCCACAGCCUUCUGGCAGUAUUCCUGAGACCUCACGUGGCUCCCAGGGAGCCGCUCCUGCUGCCCUCCCUGUUGGGAGAGAGGGGCCCUGUGGGCGCUGUGCCGCUAGUGCCGCCUGCUUCUCCCGCAGCGAGGUUGUCCCACCCCUCGGCCAGGACAGCUGGCCCAGCAGCAGGUGCAGGUGCAGGUGUUCACCCUCUGCCUGGUGAUUCCCACCAGGACAGGCAGAGGAGAGCUGGCCGAAGGGGUGGCUUGGAAGGUUCUUCUGGGUCAGGAGGCCUUGACAAAAUGUGAUUCCUUAAAAAAUGUUUCCAGUCUAAAGGUUGUUGGUUAUUCUGCUCUCCCCCUCGCAGGGGCCACGGAUGCUGCCUGUGUUCUCUUUCUCUUCUCUCUCUUUUCCUUUUCCCUCUGCGUUCUGAUCGGUUGGCUCGAGGCUCGUCCCCAGCAGGCAGGGGCAGGGCAGGCCCCAUUGGCGAUGCUUCCCUCUGAAGCUGUACACCUGCCACACUUGUCGCUCUCCCUGCGGGCAGACCCUGGAAGAUUCUGUGCUUUACAUGUGGCCUUUCAUUCUUGCUCUUUGCCCCUCAGGAGCAUGGGUCUUUGGACAUACUUUUUAAAAAACAAACAAAAAAAUCUGUAACUUGGUGCUUGUUGAUGAGUUGCAAGCUGGCCUUGCAGAUGGAGAUAUUUAUCUUUCAGUUUAUUUGAAAGAGGUCUGGUUUAAAAUUUUUAGCUUAGAUUUGUUUUAUUUAUUUUGUGUAUGUGUGUGUGUGCGUGCGUGUGUGUUUGAAGGGCGAACACACAAAGCCCAACGGUUUCAGCUCUCUGAUCAGUGCAGGAAGCGAGGAGCAGCCAGCCCCACUCACCCCUCGGUAUUUGUCCAAGUGUCUUGAAGGCCCAGGAGAGAAGAAGGGUUGGGGAAGGGGUCCGUCUCCUUUGCUCCUCCCGCACCCCCCAUCCUUUGAUUGAGGGAUGUCCUCUUCCUUGCCUGAGAGUUAAGAAACUUGUCCCUGUGAGCUACUCUCACCUGUGUUUGUCGUGGAGAUUUCUUACCCUUCAGAAACAGGCUAAGAACCAGCUGAUGUUGUCUUGCACCUGGUGGGCCCCCCAGAGACCCCAAACAGCAGGAAGUCCAGCCGCUCCCUCCACCGAUCCGUGCAGCUCCGAGGUACAGCUGUGCCUGCCAUGGUUUUCCUCAGGUCCGCAUGCAGCCCGGCUCUCUGUCCUUGUCACUCGCCCAAGUCCCCCUCUGUGGCUGCAUGUCCCACAGAGAGCGCUCUGCUGGCAGGGCAGGGAGCUGAGAGUGAGGCCCUGCGUGCUGCUUCCUCCGUGUCGCUGGAGGCCAGGCCACCUGUUCUGGGCUUGAGACAAGGAGGGUCAGUGCUAGUGAGACCUGCUCCCGCUCCCGCUCAUCACAAGAGUGCUGUGACGCGGCGUCUCUGUUCACUGCUGCAUAGUGGGAUUCCAGUUUAAAGUGUCCUUUUCUCCCAGCCAGCUGUGACGUCUGAGUCGCUUUGGUGGUUUCAGUGGUAGUUUGUGAAAGUGGAGGUUUCACCUCUGCCCACUGACUUAAAAUGGUUUGGUCAGGUUCUGGUUGGACAAGUCUAGAAUCAGCGCAUCAGAAGGUAGUCUGCCUCCGCCCCAGCUGCCCCACUUCAUCCAGAAUAUUCUGCAUGCAGAAGAGACCCGCUUACCAAGACGGGGCUUUAGUGCCUGGGCCGUCUGCCCCCUUUGCAGCUGAACUCGGGGAUUUAUUGUCACGCGCAGGGAGCUGCCUGCGAUUGUGCUGCGUGUGCUCUUGCUUUUGACCUUGAGAACCACUCUGGUUACUGAGUCUGCAGCCCUGUCUGGGUUUCUUUCCUGUGAGAAGGGGUUGUCUUCUAGGGUGACUGAGUCAGUUCCCCACAGUGUCCCCACGCUCGGAGGCCGUGCCUCUCCGUCAAGCUCAAGAAAUCACAUGCCUGGCGUUGCGUUUUAAGUUUUGGGCGACAGACGGAGACACCAUCCGGAGUCCCCAGAUUUCCAGAAUCUAACGAUUUUCCUGGAAGGAGGCUGGCUGCAUCUUCUCUCAAAACUUCUAUCAUCUCAAUCGUCGUCAUCCCAGUUGGGUGACGUGUGCACUUUAAAUGCUUUCAUUGGUUGGCUUCAAUUUUGAGACAAUCAACAGUGUUAACUGUUUUCUUCUUUGAAAAUGGAGAGGGUUAAAAACAUGCGAAUUGCCAUAAUUCAAUCUUUGCCAACAUUCCAUCCUCUAUCCCCACAAGAGCUGUCUGUGGGGAAGAAAUCCUUAUCAAGAUUUUUUUCGAAAAGGUACGAAUCUUACCUUUUUUCCUCUUAAUGUCUCAGGGUAAUACCACUAAAAGUUGUCCCUUGCUAAUUUUCUCCCUUGUCUCUUGUCUUCCCAAGCCCCUAGUGUUAGUAGUAGCAAGCACGAAGUUCUAAGACCCUUGGGGCUGGUUGUACCUUUAUGUGGGGGGGUGGGUGUUGGUGUGUCAGGGUCUAAUGAACUAGGCUCCACCUUAAAUGAAAGGUUGGACCAGAACCUUAGAGGCCAGAACAUGAGCAGAAGUUGCUGUUCACAGACGUCCUCCAUAUUGCCUCCUUUCGUCUCGAAGGUUCUUUUCCCAUAGCCAGGUUUUUCUUCCCCGGGGUUUAGUAUUUUCAUUGGAGCUGUGGUUUACUCCAUUGUUGAUGAGCGGCCGUUGUGCCCUGAGGACAGCCAAGCCCUGGGAGGGCUUUAGAGAGACAGUCCUGGUGAGUGGGCUUCAGUGGCCAUAGUGAGGAUGGCCUGGAGGGGACCCCAGAUGCUGCAAAAGCGUAUUGACCCGCCCCCCCCCCCAAUUCGUGGACACCCUUCGAAUGUGGGAGCCCGGAAGUGACCCUUCAGGUUAAACAGUAGCAGUGGCUGACAGACGUGCCCACGGCCCUGGGGGUCGGACCCAGCCCGGCACUGUUGCCCUCUUGCAUCCUCAGAGACCAGGAAGAGGGCAAAGACUUUGUUUUGGUUUGGUUCUUCAUUUUCCUUUCGAUGUAGCAUAACAUUCCUAGUUCACCAGCGCAUUGGAACCCGCUGCCUGCUGGCCAGGUUUUAAAAUGAAAAGUAUUUUAAUGCUGCCAUAAAAGGAAAAAAAAAAAAGGAAGGGGAAAAAACAAAGGCUUCUUUCCAUGUACUCAUCUAAUUUAAUUUGUCAAAAGAUUGACAGGCCUUGAAUUCCUUCUCCAUCUCGCUAAGGUUUAAAGACGGGCAAACCCUGUGGGCUAAAGUGUCUGCUGCCACCGAACAUGACGACCCGCCCCAGACCCCGGGCUGAGCCGGCCUGGGCUGGGGGCUCCCCCACUUCACCCCCUCUGCCUUUCAGCCACUGACAGGACGGGCAGCGCCGACGGGGACCGCCCGAGCUCGGCUCGCCCGUGGUGACGGUUUCGCCUGGGGUUUCCCGAGUGUCACUCAGCCCGUGGCCGGCACAUGCGCGGGGGACGCCAGGCUGUGCAGGAGGGUCGUUUCCCUCCGCCUGUACCUCUGCUCCCAUUCGUUAUUUUCAAAUGCUAUAUGAACAUUUCUGUGCUAAAUUCUAUUAAAUAAAAAGGGGUUAAAACCCAGAGGCUGUAUAUUAAUUUGUAAUUAUGUAUAAAGUAAAGCAGUUUUAAACUGUAAAGAUUUUUUUCAGUGUGUUUUCUGGAAUUUUGCCACAACAUACUGGCUUUGUAUUUUAUUUAUCUUCCUUUCUAGUUACUGCUUCAGACUCUUGUAAAGUCCCCCUCGACCCUUUCAAAAAAAUAAAUGUCCUUUAAGUCUCGA